UUUUUUUUUUCGGAGCUGGGGACCGAACCCAGGGCCUUGCGCUUCCUAGGCAAGCGCUCUACCGCUGAGCUAAAUCCCCAACCCCACACCACUACUUAUUCUUGAAGCCUUAUUUUAUUGGAGUGUUUCCCCUUCAGAAUCUCUAGGAACUCUUUAAAAAGAGUAGAGUCAAGGUAGCGUCCACUAAACUCUGUCCCCGGUUGUUAUGUAACUGUGGGUGAAUCACAGCUCAAGCAGUACGGAACAUCUCCAGUUACUGGAAGUUGCCCAGAAUGGCAGAAGCCAGGCAUGCCCUGGUGUUCAUAUAAUCUUUGCUCCCCAGUGUGGAAAAAAACAGUGGGUUGGAGCCGGAGAGUGCCAGCUGAGCACCGCACCUCGGUGAAGCGCUCUUCCAGGGGUAGACUGAUGCAGCCGGCUCUCCAGGUUCUCCGGAGACAGAGUAGACAAGGGCAACAGCAGAAGGGAGUUCAGACUCGCAUAGCGUUGUUGUCCAACUUUAUUAGAUUCUCCUCACAGUAUGUGGCUGAUCUGUACUGCUGUUCUCGAACCUCACCCAAUUGAGAACUCCAGGGCAGCCCAGCCACCAGCAUGUCGAAGCACAGACUUAUUAUACUAAGACACGGAGAGGGCCAAUGGAAUAAGGAGAACCGAUUCUGUAGUUGGGUGGACCAGAAACUUAACAGUGACGGACUGGAGGAGGCUCGGAACUGUGGGAGGCAGCUCAAAGCUCUCAACUUCGAGUUUGAUCUCGUCUUCACGUCCAUCCUUAACAGGUCCAUUCACACAGCCUGGCUGAUCCUGGAAGAGCUGGGGCAGGAGUGGGUUCCUGUGGAGAGCUCUUGGCGUCUGAAUGAGCGUCACUAUGGAGCCUUGAUUGGUCUCAACAGGGAGAAAAUGGCUUUGAAUCAUGGUGAAGAGCAGGUAAGGCUCUGGAGGAGAAGCUACAACGUGACCCCACCUCCCAUUGAGGAGUCUCAUCCCUUCUUCCAUGAGAUCUACAAUGACCGGAGGUACAAAGUGUGCGACGUGCCCUUGGAUCAACUGCCACGUUCAGAAAGCUUGAAGGAUGUUCUGGAAAGACUUCUUCCCUACUGGAAGGAAAGGAUUUCUCCGGAAAUCUUGAAGGGCAAAACCGUUCUGAUAUCUGCUCAUGGGAAUAGCAGUAGAGCCCUCCUGAAACAUCUAGAAGGUAUCUCAGACGAGGAUAUCAUCAACAUCACUCUGCCCACUGGAGUUCCGAUUCUGCUGGAGUUGGAUGAGAACCUGCGUGCCAUUAGGCCUCACCAGUUCUUGGGCAACCAGGAGGCCAUCCAGGCAGCCAUUAAGAAAGUGGAUGAUCAAGGGAAAGUGAGACAAAACAAAUAAUAAAGUAUGACCAGGAGCAAGCAGAGUGCGGGGUGGUGUGUAGUGUGUUCCCCUGUGGGCUUCUCCCCUCCUCCCACUGGCUCACUUCCUCCACGGCUGAGUGGUAGAGUUUGUGUAGAUAACUAGGUAGUUGUCAUGGCCCAGACGUGACCUUUGGAUGUCUAAGUCUAACUUAACUUCUGCUCCUCCCGUUUGAUUUAACAUUGCAAAGUAGUAGCCAGCAGGGUUUGACCAAGGUUGUUUUUUGUUUUAGAGACAGGAGAGUAACAGGAUGAAAUUGUUUAUCACUUAACAAGUCAUCACUGAGUCCCCACUGGCAGUCACUGUUCCAAUGAGCAGGUCACUGUUUUAUUCCACAAUAGUUCCUGAGAAGAGUGAACACUACUAGGUAGCACUUGGGCAGUUUACACCAGAGGCCCAUCGAAUGGCAGAGUCAUGGAUGGGCCCUUGAGAAGGCAUCCGAGAACCACAGUAGUACAAGGCCCUUUGAUUUCCCCCAGCCCACUGCCAUCCUGUUUGCCGUCAGUAAAAUCAACUUCAGCCAGUGAGAAGGACCGGGAUUGGCACAGCCGUAGCCGUUUAUGUUCUUCUGUUUCUCUUUGAGCUUUUGAACUUUAACCUUUGGGGACUUAGCAGUUAGAUGAAAAUAAAGCUUUGUGACUACAAACAGCA